GCAUCCUCUCUUUGUUCUUAGUACUCACUGGGAAAGCAACAAGCAAAGUUAAGCAACGCGUAAAGCUCAAACUUUGAGACCCCCCAAAAUCUCUUAGCUGCCAUUUUUUCUUCAACAAUUUUGCUUAUAGAUGCUCUUUUGGAGUCCUAACCCGCUAUCUCCACUCACUUUGACUCGUCCGAGUCCAACGAAUGGCCAAUAACCCCACGGAACCUCCUGCCGAUGAUUUCCUUCAGGAAAUCCUUGCCCUCCCUAACUUUGCUUCGGCUGAGGCUAGCUUGGUGGGAGCCGACGCAGGCUUGGCUGGGGCGGCAGCUGCUGCUCAAUCUCCGAUGAUGCUGCAGCUUAGCUCAGGUGACGGUUCUAGCCACAUCACUACCCUCGGUGCUGCUGCUGGAGGAGGAGGUGCUGGCUUUCAUGGGUUCCCGUUGGGACUGAGCUUGGACCAGGGAAAGGGAGGGUUUUUGAAGCCUGAUGAGGCAUCAGGGAGUGGGAAGAGAUUUCGAGACGAGGUUGUUGAUGGCAGAGCUACUACAGUGAAAAAUGUUUUUCAUGGUCAGCCAAUGCCUACAACUUUGGCUGCAGCUCCACAUCCGCCCACAAUGCGCCCCAGGGUGCGGGCUAGAAGAGGACAGGCCACAGAUCCACACAGCAUUGCUGAGCGGUUGCGCCGAGAAAGAAUAGCUGAAAGAAUCAGGGCCUUGCAGGAAUUGGUUCCUAGUGUCAAUAAGACAGAUAGGGCUGCCAUGCUUGAUGAAAUUGUGGAUUAUGUGAAGUUCCUAAGGCUCCAAGUUAAGGUUUUAAGCAUGAGUAGAUUGGGCGGAGCUGGUGCGGUUGCACCACUUGUAACGGACAUCCCACUAUCUUCAGUUGAGGAUGACACUGGCGAAGGUGGAAGAAACCAACCAACCUGGGAGAAGUGGUCAAAUGAUGGUACGGAGCGACAGGUAGCUAAGCUUAUGGAAGAAAAUGUUGGUGCUGCAAUGCAGUUUCUCCAAUCAAAGGCUCUAUGCAUAAUGCCUGUCUCUCUGGCCACAGCAAUUUACCAUGCGCAGCCACCGGAAACCUCAACUAUUUUAAAACCAGAAACAAAUCCCCAGUCAUAGACCUUACUAAGGGGUAAGCAUCCCAUAGACCUAUCUAAAAGUCGCCAAAUGUUGGGGUCCUGCAUCGUGUUUGUCCCGUUCCAACUCCCACAAAUAGAUGUUCGCUAAUUUUUCAAAUUGCAAUCAAAGUCAGAUGCCAUAGUUCUUUGCUUUUGCCUUUCCUUUCCAGCUUUUUUCAAGACAGGGUUCGAUAUCAAUGCCUAAAAAAAUGCAGGCAGGCCCUUGAUGUUCUGCCAAGUUCAAGUGAAAGAGAAGAAUUGUCAAAGCUCAUUUGAUACGCUCUUCUUUAUGGUAUCAGUGGUGGGGAUAGUGGGAAAUGAUGGAGCACUUUUCUAGUGAUUUUCGGUAGUGGCUGUGGGACCUUGUAAAAAGGGGAAGAGGGUAUAUAUAUAAAAAAAAAAUUAAAAAAAAAAAGUUAUUGUAAUAGUUGAUUUCAGAGGAAAUGGAAUGCAAAAGUAGAAUGGAUAAUUGUUGGUUGCUUCAA